ACCAGAAUACGAAUCUAUUGGAACCCAAACAAUUCCAUGACUCACCCAAGUCAAGAUGAGGUCCUUUUCUUGGCCUACUUUUUUGUAGCCUUCCUUCCUUGCAACGGACUUCAAAAGCCCUGUCACUCACUCUCUCCGUCUCGAUCAAAAACUCUCGCUGAGUAAAAUUUUCAAUCUUAUUAGAAAACGGAGGAAAAGAAAAAGAGACGUCGUCUUUUGGAGAGCUGUCCCAUUACUUUAUUUUGACAUGGGAUUUUUUGUUGAGUUCUUUUAUUUUUCUUGUAAUAUUGCUGCAGGCUAACUGAACGUUGGAUCUUAGAAUUUUCCUAAUUUAGCUUUGGUUCGGUGCUUGAAGUUCUCGAAUUCUUAUUUCCGUUUUUUCCUAGAAAUAAUUGGGAAUUACUAGUCUUGUCAAGUUGGUUCGGUUUUUAUUGGUAAUGAUGGUCAAAAUGUAUUUUAAUUGUUAGGUUUUGUAACCCCGUUGAUGGAUAAUCGUCGUUGUUCGUGAGGUUAACUUGGCUAAUUUGUUAUUCAGAAGUUGAUUGCUAACACUACUGUUUAACUCUUUUAUUAGUAAGUUUCUCUGCAUUUUAGGAACAUUUUUCUUAUUUCAAUUAUUUGUUCUUCAUAGUGAUUGUGUCCAUAAUAGGGCAGUAGCAAUAAUAGUAACAUGGAUAAGAUGGUUGGAGGAAAGUCUAUUAGAACAAUGAUAAUUUAUUGUUAGAAGGCAUGCAAAAGACAUCACUAUUAAUAUUUGUAAAACACCUAUGUGUCAACCUACUUCGAAGAAACUUUGUUGUAAACUGUUUUUUGGGCACUGAUAUAAUUCCAGAGUUUGUAUCCAGUACCUAUCAUAUCUUGAGUUUAGGAAACAAACAAAUACUAUGCUACUACAGUACGAAAACAUAACUAAACUUUGAUUUGUGAAAUAUGUCACUUAACUCUCCUUAUGAUAAACUUCGAAGUUUGUUGCAGUUCAAGGUGCAGGAGAUCAAACUGAACAUUUAAUGGAUCGAGGAAAGAAAGAAAAUCAGUUUAUUACUAACAAGAACAGUAAGAUCUACAUGGAUCUCAAAGACAUUAUUAGGGAGCAUGUCCUCUCAUUUCUUCCUGCCAAAUCACUUUCCAGAUUCAGAGCAGUUUGUAGGGACUGGAAGCUUCAGAUUUCUACUCCUUUCUUUGCUCACAACCAGUCAAAUGGUUUUCACGAAAUUUCUGGCUUUUUCUGCCAGUCUGGAUCAAACCCGCCCUCGUUUAUUUCUCUUGAUCCUGCAGCAUAUGGCGUUCCAGAUCCAUCUCUGAAAUUUUUGCCUGAGCCAGUUGACAUCAGGACCUCUUCCAAUGGGCUACUUUGCUGUCAAGGUCUCCGUGGACUUAAUGCUUACUACAUCUGCAAUCCUGUUACCAAGCAAUGGAAAAUGCUUCCCAAACCUAAUGCUUCUCAUGGAUCUGACCCUGCUCUUGUACUCAUCUUUGAACCAUCUGUACUCAACUUUGUGGCAGACUACAAGCUAAUUUGUGCUUUUCCUUCUGUUGAUUUUGAUAAUGGGUAUGAGUUUGAGAUCUAUUCCUCCAGGGAGGGUGUUUGGAAAGUUUUUGGUGAGAUUUACUUUGGUAAUAAGAAGCUCUUGCCAAGGUCUGGUGUUCAUGUGAAUGGCAUUAUCUAUUGGCAGGCAACGGAUGGUGGGAUUGUUGUUUUUGACCUCGUGAUGGAGCGAACACAACUUCUCUAUGGUGAUUAUGACAGCUAUAAUGGAUAUAGAUCUGGGACCCUGGGUAUGAUGAAUGGAAAGCUUUGUUUGACCAAGGUUCAUCAGCCUGGACUAGUUGUGCUCGUGUUGUCUAAUGCUUACAAGAAUACAAUGCAGAUGCGCAGCAAUGUCAAGACCUGGGAACAAAAACAUCAGAUUUGCCUUAGUUCUUCAGUGCUAAGUGGAGCUGCUUCAAAUGAUCCCAAUGGUAGAAAUGUGCUGUUUGCGGGUGGAAAUAUAAUUUUGGUUCGAAGUGGGGGAAAACUUUAUUCAUAUGAUAUGAAGACCAAAGCAGUUCAGUGCUUGCUUGAUGAACUUGAUCAAGGUGCCAGGGCGGUUGCUUAUGUGAACAGCCUUGUUGAAAUCUAGCUCUGCUCUCUUCUCAUUCUUGCCCUCUUUCACCUAUCUUCACUUAGCCAUGAAGAGGGACAAUGGGCAGUGCUAAUUCGGUGGUGCUGAUAAAUUUGGAAGUAGUUAGCGAGACCUUUUAUUCUGUUUGUUUUCGGUUUUACAUUCUGAUGAACGCCUAUCUCAUGAAAGAAUUGUGAAAUUUUAGCCUAUUUAAAAGUUUUUUCAGUCGCAAAUAUAUAUUGGAUAUAUAUUUUUAUUUA